AUGCUGGAUGCGAGGAGAACGGACGAACAAAGAAAACUAGAAGAAGCAAAGAAGCAGGAAGGGGUUGAAGCAUCAGCACAGGCAAAUCUUUGGUUGAGUCGAGUCAACAAAGCCGUAUCCGACUCCAACAGUCUACGAACCGAGUACGAGGAGCAAAGAAGAGGACAUUGUUCAACCUGGUUCUGCUGGUCACGUUUUCAGCUGAGCAAACGAAUGUUCAAGCUCAAGCAAGAUGUUGAUAUGUUGUACGAAGAGGAACCAAAAUCUGGUUGGACUGUGGCUCCUAAUACCUCGCAGAAAGGGAGGAAGCUGGACACCGUUUCUAUCAAGGACCAAACAACAACAGAUGAACUGAUGGAUGAGAUCAUCGAAGCGGUGCUCGACGAUAGGUAUGUUGUUGUUGGGUUGCACGGUAUGGGUGGUGUUGGCAAAACAACACUCCUCCGACACAUCAAUAACCACUUCAUAAAUACCGAGCACUUCGAAUCUGUAAUUUUCACCACUCUGUCAGCCACACCAAAUUUUGUAGAAAUACGAAAACAAAUUGCCAAAGGCUUGGGGUGGGAUCUAGACAAAUUCAAAGAUGAUGAGGUUUUGAAAGAAAAAUUGUCUCGUCUUUUCGAAAGAAGGAAAUAUAUGUUGAUAUUAGACGACAUGUGGGAGCCUAUUAUUGAUCUUCAUGAAAUCUGCAAUAUUCCUUCACCAAAGAAGGAUAACGGCUGCAAAAUAUUAAUGGCAUCUCGAUCAGUAUCAGUGGUUACGAGGUUUGCAACUCGCUUUGCGGCAAAACAUUCUCUUGAAUUAAUUCUAGUGGAAAAACUGACACCAGAUGAAGCUUGGACUCUUUUUGUACAAAAAGUUGGUGAGGAUAUUACAUCCAAUCCAACAAUAGAACCCCUAGCUAAAGAGGUUCUUAGAAAGUGUGAUGGACUGCCGCUGGCCAUUGUUGUUAUCGGUGGUACAAUGUCAACACAGGAAACAGAGGGACAAUGGAAAGAUGCUGUACGCGAAUUGGAACAACAUUCAACUUCAAAUGUUGACGGCAUAGAAGAAGAGGUAUUUUCAAAACUCAUUUUUAGUUUUGAACAAUUGGAACCAAUUCAACAAUCCCUCUUCUUGUAUUGUUGUCUAUUUCCUGAGGAUUGGAGGUUUGGCCAAGAAGAAUUUUUGGAUUUUGCCAUUGGUGAAGAAACACUGUGGGUUGAAAUGCAUAAACUUGAAGAUGUGAGAAAUAAAAUUGAUGUUUUGGUUGGAAAGCUUCGGAAUUCAUCCAUGCUUGAGUACGAUGAUGAUGAUGACGAUGAAACAAUGAAAAUGCAUGAUGUAAUGCGUGAAAUGGCUCUGUGGAUCGCAUCUCUUACUACUACAUCGAAUAAGUACGAGUGGUCCCAUAAGUAUAUUGCAAUGGCAGAUGCUAGAAUAACUGAGGCACCUGAGGCCUCAAAAUGGUGCAAAGCAACUAAGAUUUCAUUGAUGGAGAAUGAGGGGAUAGAAUCUCUUCCUGAAUUGCGAGAUCAAUGUCCACUACUCCACACAUUGCUACUUGAAGGAUGUAAAGGUAUGAAAGACAUCCCCCAAGUGCACUUCUUGGAGCACUUGUCUGCACUUCGGGUAUUAGAUUUGAGCGAGACUGGGAUAGAAAAAUUGCCGAACCUAAAAGAAUUACCGCCUGAAAUUGGAUCGAUGGUUCAGCUCAUAUCGUUAGACUUGUCAGAUUGCGAGAGCUUAAGGAAACUACCGGUGGAGAUUGAAAAGUUGAACAAUUUAAGGCGUCUGGACAUCUCUGAUUCAGAAAAGCUUAAGAGGAUACCAGAUGGGGUAUUGGAUAAGCUAGAGGAGCUAGACACUGUUGGAAGCGGGUUGAAAUGGAAUGAAAAUGGCAUAAUGGAAUUGUCCCAAUUGACUCGCUUGACUUCUAUUAACAUUGAAUUAAUGGAAGUGAAUGUGUCAUCACAAUUGUUGAAGCCAUUAGCUAAGCGCAUAUGUAGUUUACACUUGUGGAAUUGUGAUAUCGAUCCUUUAGCUUUGCCGGAACUUGUAGAAGACUUUCCAAAACUUGAUAUAUUCGUGGUGUUGGAGUCAUAUGAGGGUUUGACGACGACACAUGUUCCAACUCAUUAUGGUUAUGGAUCGCUAACUAUUCGAGAUUGUCCAGAUCUCAAGACACUACUAGUGAUCGGAGAGGAGGAGGAAGAAGAGGUGGAAGCCGGUGAUGAAAGGAAAUAA